AUGCUGCCGUAUGCGCAUCCCAAUAUUUCACUUGACGUGGUGGAGGAGAUCUUCAAGCAUCUGUCACCAUAUGCCCUGAGCGAACACGACCCCGGCUUCAAGUUACUGGACGCUCAAGGCACGCCUGCCGUGGAAGUUCUGUGGAGAGAGCAAGAUCUCAUCCAUGCUUGUGGUGUCCUCCCGAGCUUCGCUCUUGCCAGCGUUAGGGGCCCGAUGAUAGACGCCGACCAAUAUCCACAAGACAACGAUGCAAACGACGACUGGCCCGAAGACGGCCGCAAUCCGCACGCGCGCAAUUGUUUGAGGCCUAGUACCUAUUAUCAUCUAUCGGGACCUAUCUCGUCCGAGGAAUGGUCCCGCUUCCAGUAUUACGCGCACUUCAUCCGCUCUCUCUAUCAUGACUCCUCGGAGAGACUAGAAUCGACCGCUUUCUUCUAUCUCCGUCAGCACGCACACGACACUGGCAACCCGCUCUUUCCCAACCUGCACAAGCUAGAAUGGGGCCAUGUUACUCCUGACCUGGCCAUGGUCAUCUCACCAUCCAUCCGUGUCCUCCGGAUUCCAGAGCGCAGCAGCUCCCAUGAAGACGAGCUCGAUUAUCGCAUGCGGCGCCACGCAUUCAAGACGCAGCUCCCUAGCGUACUUCGCAGUCUCCCGAACGUGGAAACACUGGAGUUACUACGACUCGGCCAUGAAGGCUUCUGGCAUACAUUCGCGCCAGGUCCGGAUCACCAGUUCGUCGCUCAAAAUAUUUCCGUGCUGCAUAUUUCGGAGCCGUAUAGCGCUUUGAUGAAAGGUGCCCUUGCGGCUGUGUCGACGAUCCAGGCACUUACCCAGCUGAGGAUCGAUGUUGUGCUCACGAGCUGUUCGGGUGACGACGGGGAGCUUAAAGGUUGGGACAAGACGCGUAUCCGCACAUUUGCAAGACUGCGGUGCUUGCAGAUUAAGGCGAACAUGGGACAGUCCGGUGUCCUUCUCGAUGCUAUCGUCGCACCCAACCUGGAGGAUGUCGAGGUGAAGCGCGAUUGCGAGAGUGGUCCUUGCAAGGUGCCAUUUUCGCUUCCGGAGGCCUUGGAGCCACUGGGUAACCGGAAUGUGUCGUCCCUACGGAGGGUCUACCUCGAUUUGCAAAACUACUACAUACCCAAGCCAGGAGACGAGCCGGAGACGGAACCGAUCUUCCUCACCCUGACAAAGCCAUUGCUCCAGCUUCGCCAGCUCCGGGAGCUCAAUAUCUACAUCUACCCUGGCGCCGAUAGCAGUGGUCCCAUAGACGUAGCUCUGCCUGCUAUGUUGGCAGCGUGGCCACUGCUGGAGCACACCAAGCAGCGCUUUCUGACCGAUCCUCAUCCUACAGCCGACGCGCAGUCUCGCGGAAUACCAUCACAUGAGUCGACGGCGGCCGACGCGUCGGCUUGUACAAUGAGGAUCGUGCAGCCGACAUAG